UUAAUAUAUUUGUUUAUACCCUAUAGGCUACGGGACUUAGGUACAACAUAUAUGUUAUUUUUUUUAAAUAUUCUAGUUUUCAAUAAAUCGUAUUUCAUUUAAAAUUCAUUGAAUUAACAUUUAAUGUUAAUUAUUGAGUGUCAGAAAUUCAAAAUGUAUUUUUUGUUCUAAUUCACGCAAAUUCUCAAAUCUUUUAAAAAUGUAUUUAAAAACCAUUCUUUGUGCUUUUAUUAUUUUAAAUUCCUUAGUUGAAAGCGCCAGGGAAGAGCGCCCUAAGAGCCUUGAUCAAAAAGUACAGCAGCUAAAUGAUCUAUAUCAAAAGAAAUUUUUGGUUAAAUUUAAUGGUCCUAAAUUUAAGGAAUUUGUCAAAUCACCACCAAGAAACUAUUCAGUUAUUAUGAUGUUCACAGCAAUGGCAUCUCAUAGACAAUGUUCAAUAUGCGGACACGCCAGUGAUGAAUUUAUUAUUGUAGCUAAUUCAUAUCGCUACUCUCAUAGACUAACUGAAAGUCCUUUAUACUUUGGAAUUGUUGACUUUGAUGAGGGAUCUGACAUUUUUCAACUGAUGCGAAUUAAUACUGCUCCAGUGUUCAUGCAUUUUCCAGCAAAAGGUAAACCAAAACCUUUAGAUACUAUGGAUAUACAAAGAGUUGGUUUUGCAUCAGAAAUGAUUGCAAAAUGGAUACAAGAAAGAACUGAUGUACAAAUACGAAUAUUCCGACCACCAAAUUAUUCAAGUACAUUGGCAUUAUCUGUUUUAUUUGCAAUAUGCUCAUCAUUUUUAUAUGUCAGGCGAAAUAAUAUGGAAAUGUUUUUCAAUAAAAAUUUAUGGGGAGUUUUUUCUGUGUUAUUCUGUUUGAAUAUGAUUUCCGGACAAAUGUGGAAUCAUAUAAGAGGACCACCAUUAAUGCACCGUAAUCAACAAGGCAUUAUUACAUAUAUUCACAACUCUUCACAAGGACAGUUCAUUGUUGAAACCUACAUCAUAAUUAUAUUGAAUACAAUAUUGGUGUUUGGAGCUGUGAUAAUGAUUGAUUCUUAUACAAAGAAAACAGAUUCUAAGACACGUAAAAUAAUGACUGUUGGCGGUUUAGCAUUGGUUGUAUUUUUAUUCAGCGUUAUUCUAUCUAUAUUUAAAUCAAAAGCACAUGGAUAUCCUUACAGCUUUCUGAUCAAAUAAUGGAGUUUUGAAUAUGAAUCUACUUAAUUUUUUUUCUGUUUUGUUUAUUUAUUAAAAAUUGCACAGACUUUUCAAAAUGUAUCUAUUAUUAGUUCAAAAUUUUUCAUUUUAAAUUCUUAUUUGGGUACAACAAUUCUUCAAACUAUAAUUAGUUAUUAUUAUUUUCUAAGUAAAUUGUAUUUGAAAAUGCAUUAUUGUCAAUGCAUUAUCCAUAUUUGGCAAUGCAUAUACAAUAUUAACAUUUCAAUUAUAAUAUCUAUAUAAAUAUCAUAAAAAAAUCAACUGAUUUUUAUUGUUAAGCAUUUAAAAAAAAAAACACUUUAAAAUGUUCAAUAUAAUAUUUAAUAUUUAAAAGUGGUUUGUAGUUGGUUUAUUUAUUGCUAUAUUUUUUAAGGUAAAUUUAAAUUUAUAAAAGAUUAUUGAAACCAGAAGUUGGAUUUAGUAAUAUGUAUUAUUAAUUAGGAGCCUAAAAAAUCUUAAUUGAGAAGAUUAAACAAUGCUGCUCAAAGUUCUAGUUUGGAAAUAAUACUGAAAGGUUAAAUUAAGCUAUUAAAGUAGGUAAAACAUUAGUCAAACAAUUGAGUAGAUGAGUUAGGGGGGUGUAUAAAAAUAUGUGAACAUGAAAUAAUUAUUUACACAAGUGGAACCUGUGGAUAGUCAAUAAUAUACCAUUAUUACUGUGUAUAGUAAUGGUUAAUUAAUUGAAUUAAAAUGUAAUUUAUCAAUGAAAGUAAUAUACAUAUAUGAAUAUAUUUGUUUACCUUUAGAUUUUUCAUAUUGUGGGCCUUCUGUCAUACAUAAUGAAUAAUGAUAUAGCAAAAAUGUAAUAAAAAAAAAAAAUUGUUCAAAUAAUUUGAUUUUAUAAAAACUGUAAGCAUAAAGCUAUUUGUGUCAAGAAAAUGCAUAUCCUUGAAAACAAAUGUUGACGUAUAACCAAUAGAUAGGUACUUAAAAUUUUCACCAAAUGUUUAUGUAAGCAUUUCUUAAACAUAAUAUAACUUUUUAAUAGUUUCCUUCUUAUUGAUCUAUUUAUUAGUGUUUAAAAAUUUUAAUUUCUUUAAAAUUUAAUACACGGUUUGAAGGUUGCAAAUUAUUUGUAAUUGGAAAUUCAAAAAUAAAUAUUUGAUUUGAAAAUUAAAGACAAGAAAUCCUCCUCAUAAGUUUUUCUGCUUACAAUAAAAAUAAGGAAUAUAGGUACCACAAAAUUAUAUCAAGUUUUUAUAAGCAUUUUAAAUUUUUAUGGCAUUGAAUAAUAACACAUACAUUUACUAUAUUUAUUACUCCUCAAACAAUUUUUGAAAUUUUGUUGUAAUUCAAAAACAAAUAUUACUGUAUAAUACUAUUUGUAAUUUCCACAAACAUCUUUAUAUGAUAAUUUUUUACACUUGAACUUGGUAUAGUUAUUUAACUUUAAAUAUUUUGAUUUUUUCUCUAUAUACUGAAAAUGCUUGAAAAUGUUGUACAAGCAGGGUCGGAUUUAGUGGAUGGGGGUGUUACUCGGUACUCCCUUCACUUAAGAUACCUGUUUCAUUUUAGUCAAAUUUGCCAUUUUGACGUAGUAGUUGUAAGUCGGCAAUUAUGUUUUAUGUUUUAUGAUUAUAUAAUAAUAUAUUAUAUUGAAUACUCAAAUAUUAUUUAUUAUAAUAAAUAAUAAUAACUUAAAAUAAAGCAAAAUAGGUAAUCAAAAAUAUUUGUAUAAAAUUUAAUAAAAUAUAUUUGAUUUGAUAGUUAAUACUUA